CCAACGUGCGGUCACACUGGCUGCCGCCGUCAUACCGUGGUUCUUCUUCAUUAUUAUAUAAUUAAACUCGAUGUGAACCAAAACAAACCAGCACAAACCCAGUGUGUGAGUAGUUACAAUGGUAACGCGGUGACAAAUGCGCACUUCUCCACACGCCAGCAUUAAAGUUAGGAUAAUAACAAAAUGAAAGACGAUGGAGCGCCGAAUGUCGCGAAAACCACCGACCCACCGCCCCCAAACAGAGUGCCAUCUGGAACCAUCCCUGACAAGGCAAAAUGCGAACAUGGGAGCGUUUUCUCGCAACGAUUCUUUGGGGCCUUCCAGUGGGAGGAGUUCGCCUGCGGAUGCGGGGCUGCCUUCGUCAACAUCGCGGCCACAUAUCCCAUCUACAAGAUGAUCUUCCGCCAAAUGCUCCACGGAGUGCCCAUCACCUCGGCCUUUGCGCAACUGCGCCAGGAGGGAUUGGGCUUCCUGUACCGCGGCAUGCUACCACCUCUCGCCCAGAAGACCAUCUCCCUGUCCAUCAUGUUCGGGGUGUUCGAUGGCACGAGGAGGUACCUGGUGGAGGACUAUCACAUGAACGACUACGGAGCCAAGGUGAUCGCCGGAGUGGUCGCCGGCAGCGCCGAGUCCAUCCUCCUGCCCUUCGAACGGGUGCAAACCCUGCUGGCCGACUCCAAGUUUCACCAGCACUUUGCCAAUACUCCAAACGCAUUCAGGUAUGUGGUGGCCCACCAUGGCUUUCGGGAGCUCUACAGGGGACUUGAACCAGUAUUUUGGCGCAACGGCCUGUCCAACGCGUUGUUCUUCGUGCUGCGGGAGGAGGCCAGUUCCAGUCUGCCCAAAAGAAAAUCCGUGUCGACUCGCACGGCCCAGGAAUUUAUAGCUGGCGCAGUGAUUGGGGCCAGCAUUAGUACAAUCUUCUAUCCGCUCAACGUGAUCAAGGUGUCGUUGCAGAGUGAAAUGGGCCAGAGGUCAGAGGGCAGUUGGCAGGCAUGCAAGCGAAUUUACAUGGAGCGCGACUGCCGCAUAGCGAACUUUUACCGCGGAUGCGCCUUCAACACGGGCCGCUCCUUCAUCAGCUGGGGCAUCAUGAACACGGCCUACGAGAACCUCAAGAAACUGGCGAGCCAGCAGCCCCAGUUGCCGCUUACGACGGAGUAAAUGGGGAAUACCAUCGGCGGUCGGAUAUUAGAGUUAACAUAGCUGAUUGUACACAAACGGUUACUUCUGCCUUUUAGCUAGCCAAUUAUUUCUUUCGGUUUAAGUCUCGUCUAAGUCGCUUGUGUUGAGAAGCUGAAUUCUAGAUGUUUAAUGUACAUAUUCACAUCCUAAGCUGGGGAUACCUCCUCCUCCUCCUCCUCAUCAUAUCUGUAUAUCAAUUCAAUUCGCCCCGCGGAUGCCAAAGGUUUUUGUAUGGCGAUUGGCGCAAGUACAAUACAACGUGAGCAUUUACGAGUUACGGUUUAGUUAGCUACUAUACGAGUACGUGUAAAUAAUAAUAGAUGAUGUACAAUAUAAUACGAGUGUGUUGUUUGUUCUCUUACGACUUUGUGAUUCAUUGAAGUUACUAAAACUGAUUAAUUUACGCUGUAAAUUCAAUGUUCUUAAAGGAAAAUAAAAGUGUAUUUGUAAUAACGAA